CUCCCAUUAUUCCCCCCACCCCUAUUUAGUGUAGUGGUUACCGGAGAGAGACGCGAGGGUUUUGUAUAUAAUUCGUGAAAUAUAUGUAAGCCUAAGCAAUUAUCAACAUUUUUUGUUAAAACUAUAACUUGUUUUAAUAAUAAUACAAAAUCAUUUAUCAGGUCUAAUCUUUUAUUAAAUGAUUAAAUCCAUAGUUUAGUAGAGUUAUUUAACUUUGUUUUGUAAAGUUAGUCUUUUAUUAUUAAAUCAAGUCAAAUGUUUUGAAACUUUAAUAAUACACAUGGCUGUGUAUUAUUCACUUUUACACUUCCUAAUUGAUGGGAUAAGAUUGUUUCUAACUAAGUUUAUACUGCGCAUCUUGUGAAUGUCAUAAUUAAUUAUUUUUGUUGUUAUUGCUUAAGGCAAGGCCUAAGGCUUAGUAGGGGCCUAUUCAUUUAAAUAAUAUAGUAGGCCUAUUAAACAUUAGUUACUAGUUCAACUAGAAUAAUUUUUUCAUAUUUUAUUAUUUUUCAUCUUCAUUUUCUUACAUUAUUUUCAUACUAAUCAUAAUCAUAGGUCAUAGUAUUGGCCACAAACUAGUACUACAGUUUGAUUUUAAAUUAGGUGUAGGCUGUAGUAGGCACAGGCCCAACUCAGCCAACUGCAGUAGUAGUUUAAUAGUAAAAUAGUAAUAAGUAGUAGUGCUGGACUAGGGGUUAAAUCAUAUUUAUAUCUAAGAUCUUUCUCAUGUUUGACUUAGUCAUAUUAAUAGUUAUAUUGUAAUAUCAACACUUAAACACUUAUUUGACUUGAUGGACUUCAAAAUGUGCAGUUCAACUUAUUUACUGUAAGAAUAUUAGUCUAAGUCAAAGGGGCAUACCAGUACUCAUGGUAAUAGUUCGUUUGGUAGUUUAUUUACAGGCCUAAAUAUAAAAGUUUUUGGUGCAGACCUGUUGCCAAUUUCAAAGUGACUGGGUAGGAGUAGUUGAAUCCUGUGUGAAAUACAUGUUCCAGGGUCCAGGUGUCAAUUUUUUAUACAUACGCACACAGAAGCGUAACUGGGUUUCUGACGCAUUUGGCACAUUUAUUUUUGGCGCCCUUGAUAAAUUGACAAGUUUCAGCUUUGCGGCGCCCUUUUGAACUGGUGCAGGCCGGCGCCCUUGGCAUCUGCCCCAAUGCCAAGCCUUUGUUACGCCACUGUAUGCACAAUAAAUUUUACACUUCCUAUUUCCAACAUUAUCAUUACGCCAACAACAUGGCUAACAUGUCAUUGUCAUCAGAUUACACUUGUUCUAAAAUAUAUUUUUUAAAUAUCUAUAACUUUGAGGUGUGCUAGUAUGUUAAAACCAGCAACUGAGGCAAUGCAAGGGAAGAGAGUGACUGUACAUCUGAAGGAUACAAUAAAAUAGUUGUGUUCAUACUAAAUUAUGCCAAGGCGCCCAAGGCUCUGGCCAAUUUGAGGAAGGAAGCAUUUAGCUUAGAGACCGACCAAAUUCCGGCUUCGGUUUCGGCGCCGAAAGUGGCCAUUUUAUCACUUUCGGCCAAGUUUCGGUUUUGGCCGAAACUGAAAAGUUAACUUUCAGCUUAAUUUCGGUUUCGGCCGAAAGAGAAAAGUUAACUUUCGGUUUUUCUUUGGUUUCGGCCAAAAUUGACUUAGACUUUCGGCCGGAUGGCCGAAAGUGACUCAGGCUUUCGGUCAUUUUAAUACUCAGUGAAAGCGAUAUUUAACAACAAACUAAGGCACAUUUAAGAACAAAUUAAGCGAUCUUUGAGAACAAACUAAACGAUAUUUAACAACAAACUAAGAGACAUUUAAGAACAAACUAAACGCUCUAAUAGAACAAACUAAAAGAUUUUUAAGACCGAACUAAAUGAUCUUUAAGAACAAAACAAAUGAUCUUUAAUAGUAAACUAAAUGAUUUAUAAGAAUAAACUAAGCGAUCUUUACAACAAACUAAGCAAUCUUUAACAACAAACUAAGUGAUCUUUAUGAACAAACUAAAAGAUCUUCAACAACAAACCAAGCGAUCUUUAACAACAAACUAAGCAAUCUUUAUGAAAAAACUAAGCGAUCUUUAACAACAAACUAAACGAUCUUUAACAACAAACUAAACGAUCUUUAACAACAAACUAAACGAUCUUUAACAACAAACUAAAUGAUCGUUAACAACAAACUAAACGAUCUUUAACAACAAACUAAACGAUCUUUAACAACAAACUCAACGAUAUUUAACAACAAACUAACCGAUCAAUAACAACCAACUAAACGAUCUUUAAAAACAAAUCUUUUAGAACCACAUUUUUUAGAGACCCUGUUAAAAAAAAUAUUUUACACCUACCAUACUAAUUUUAAAAAAAAUUGUAAAGCAAUUUAAAUUACUUUUAUAUUAAAAUGGUAAAAUCCUAAGUAUUCUUAGAUCAAGGGACUCAAACUCAAAUCAUAGGGGGAAGGGGGGGCACUGGAGGUAGUGUGAAUGAGAGUGGGCCGCAUCAAGUAAUCCACAAAAAAGCGAUUACAACUGUUACAAUAUGCUCAACCUUUAUAAAUACCAAUAAAAUCAUUAAGGGUUCUCAAGAACAACUCACUGUUGCCAGUGACCUGGCAUACAAAAAUAUAUAGAAACAUUAAAAAAAAAAAAUCAGAAUUAGACUAGUCUGUGAGAUUCGACUGAAACCAUCUCGGAGAGUCACGUUAUAGAUAUGAGAAUGGGGGAAACGUGCCGGCGCAUUUACACUAAACUUUUCUGUCAUGUAGCGGGCCGCAAAAUAAUACCGUCUUGCGGGUCACAAAUGGCUCGCAGGCCACGAGUUUGAGACCCCUAUAUGAGAUGUUUAUUUAUUAAUAUUCAUGAUUAUCUAAUUUUUUAUAAAAAGAAUGUAAAUAUUUAUACUUUCCCACAUCAUUUUCGAUGUAUGCGGGAACGAAUUUCAAAAUAUCUUAAUGUUUCGGCUUCGGUUUCGGCCAAAAUUCAUUUUUAUUUUUCGGUAUUUUUUCGGUUUCGGCCGAAAGUCAUUUUAAACUUUCGGCCUAUUUUCGGCUUCGGCCGAAAUCAGAAAAUCACUUACGGUUGGUCUCUAAUUUAGCUCUAUCCAUCAUGUAUUAUGCUUAAAGAGCUGUUCCCCAUCCUCUUCACCAGCCAUCAUGUCAGUCAAGAUUUACACAGUUUUAUCCUUUUCAUUGUACCAUUUUUGAGAGUUCGUUUGACUGAGUUUUAAACUUAAAACUUUUUUUUUUAAUAUUUAAGUAUCUUAGGUCUUAAAACAGACCAAUCAUAAUCAUGUCUUGUAAAAAAUGAUAAAUUGAAUUUCUUUCAUUUUCAUGAGAAAAAUCGUUGAUAGGCCCUAUUUACAGACCUGUUUACUCUUAUGAUUUUGGCGUACAAAGUACGAUUUUGAGGUGUAAACAUUAUAAUAAUUAUAUAUACUGUAUGUUUAUUUUUUACUAUAAAUAUAAGGUAUUGAACGAUUUUGUGAUGAUAUUGUACGAUUUUAAUGGUUUGAGGGUAAACAGGUCUGCAUUUAUAUCAGGGCUCAAGGUUUUUGACUGUAGUACAGCUGUGUGAUACUACAUGCAAAAGUUUGUUAACUUUGAACUAUUCUGCUUAACCGGCUGUUACAAAUAUCAAAAUAAAUUUUGUAAACACUAAAUACGUAGCUGUUUUUCUAUAACUUACAAGUACUGAGACCAGCCUUUGCCUAAUUGGCAGCAAGUAGCCGUGUCAUAAUAUUAAUUAUGUUAAUAUGACCUUGAUACUGUUUCUCAUUCUAAGCACAAAGAUUUACUACUGUAUUCUGUAUUCUAUAUUAUUUUCAUAGUUAAAAAAAAUAUUUUUUUUCUUUGCAGCAUGUGGGGUAAACCUAUGACUGUGAACUGAAAUUAAUUGUGAAGAAGGUGUUGCGGUGUUUAUAAUGUACAUAAAGCCAUUUUAAAGGCUCUUUCAGAACUUACUUGAGCAUCAAACAAAAAGCUCUAUAAGUGCGUGAGAAGAAACCAAUAAAAAUGUUGCAGCAAAUACUAGACCAGAUGUAUAUAGACCCAGAGUUGAUGGCAGAGUUGUCUGAAGAUCAGAAACAAAUGCUUUUUUACAAGAUGCGACAGGUACAAUGUUAAUCUUCUUAAUUGGGUAGAGCCCGUUUGUUCAUAAAUAGAUUCCUAAGUUCUCGCUGGGAAAAGCCGAAAAGUGUGUGACCCACUCAUAAGCUAACCCCAUAUAAUAAUAGACCAGUAUAAGCAAAACAGCUUUUGAAAAAGAAAAAUAAUUUAUUUUAAAAAAUCCAAACUUUGAAAAUAAUUAUUUUGUAAAUAAAAAGUCUUAAAACUAAUAAACUUGCAGUAUUUAGUUAAACACAGAUACUGUGUAUACUCGUUAAUAAGCCUGUUCGUUCAUAAGCCGAAAUCUUUGGUUUUGGGUGAUUAAAAAACCUGAAUAAUGUGUAAAUUUGCUAAUAAGAAGACCCUAUAAAAUAAUGUUAUUUAUAAUACAGAUGGUCAUUCACAUGUCUUCAGGUGUAUACAGUAAUUAUACUGAACAUUUCCAAAAAUAGGACCUCUGCUAUCUACAAAAAUUUUCAUUAUUCAAUGUAGGCACUUUGAUACUCGGUAAGCAUGGCAGUUGCAAAAUCAAGAAAAAAACUUGUGUGCAAAUUUUACACACAGCUAAUGUUGAACACAUCUAUAUUUUUACUUCUGUUAAUUCCUUUGUCUUCAUUUGUCUGGAGAAAAUAAUAAAAUAUAGCCAGGUCACCCCUUUCGGCUGAAAUAUUUUUUUUUAAAUAGUUAAACCUUAAAUCUUUUCUGAAUUGGAAAAUUUUUUUUUUAGAUUGCCCAGUAUUUAAAAAAAAAUUCAUAUUGACCUUGUCUUUUCUUGAUGACAGGAGCAAAUUCGAAGAUGGAAAGUAUUUGAAGAAAAAGCUGAAGAAGAGAGAGCUCAGAAAUCACGAAACACCGGUAGGUUAAAUUGACAUCCUUACUUAAUUUCUUAAAAGAAAACAAAACAUGGUUUUGGCAAAAAAGAAAUACAGUUAGUUUGUCAUACCACAACCAUAGAGUGUUUACCAAUGUCAAAUGUUUUAACUUAACAACGUCACCUUUUAAAAACAUUUUACUGGGGAGAAGAAGCCUUUAAUUCAUUUUUACAUAUUUUUGUGUAUCCUCGGACAAUUUAGUAUUCUUUAAAAAAAACAAAAAAAACAUUUAAUCAAAGUAUUUAAAACAUUAAAAUUUUACCUAAAAUAAAAAAUCAGACACAGAACCACCAAUGACUGAACAUGUUUUUUCUGUUAACAUUUAUUUAAAGGGACAUCAAUAUAUGUGCACCAUCCCCUUUCACACCUGUUGUAUCUUUGAUGUUUUCAUUACACAACUCUCCCCCCCCCCCCCUGUUUAUUUAUAAGCUAAUAUUAUUAAUAAUCUAAUUAACACACCCCACAAUUAAUAAAUAGUAUUAUUAUGACUGUUUAGUAAAGUAUGGGAUUUAGUUAACAAACAAAACUGUAAUUCCCUUUGAAAAUAUCAUUGAAAUUAACCAAAGCCCCUUUUUAAAAAAUGUGAUAACGUGUACUUUUAUUUCAUCCACAUUUAUUUUUUUAAAUUUAAGUGUGAUGUACAGUAUGUGUCAAAAUGUUUUUAAGUUUAAGUGUGAUAUGCAGUCUGUGCCAAAAGUGCUGCAAUGAAAAGACAAACAAUACCUUGUAAUUUUAUUAAUACUAAAAUAAACAAACAUACAAACAUAUUAGCUAGCCUGUUGAUUUACCAAAGUGUGAGUGAAGCGUGCACCACCUCACUAUAAACAGUGUUCAUACUGUACAUGCAGAUUCUCAAACAUAUCCCUGAGCAAAGAAUACUGCACUGUCAUCAUCAUUUAGACCCAGAAGCUAUUUGGGCAUGUGUCCUUUGGCGUGAGCCAUUAUGAAGAUUGUACAAUCUCUCUGUAGCUGUUGUUUAUUUGUAAAUAGGCUGCUAGUGUAGUCUGGUGUUUUUGGUAGAUUGUUAAAGUGUAAGUCCUGGAGUGUGUGCAGUUGAAAAAAGGUAAUCUGUUUCUGUUCCAUUUGGAUGUCUGCAAAGGAGCAUAUUUAUGUUUUAUCUGGUUUCAUGCUGUUAAGUCAGGAAUUAAGUUGUAUGUGUCCUGUGAGCAGGUGAAAGAUUAUGACCUGUUCAUGCCUUAUCGGCAAAUUAUUGGGUCUUUAGGGUCUGGGUUGGGCAUAUGUGUGAAAACACAUCUUCCUGUAGAGCCUAUUGCUCAUCCAUUUGAGCACUCUACUUUUUUGUUAAAUUGCUUCACAGUGUUGAGUGAUGUAGGUAUGUUUGGCUGUGUUGAGUGAUGUAGGUAUGUUUGGCUGUGUUGAGUGGUGUAGGUAUGUUUGGCUGUGUUGAAUGAUCUAGGUAUGUUUGGCUGUUUUGAAUGAUGUAGGCAUGUUUGGCUGUUCAUUGGAUGCUCCCUGUCUUGCUAGUUUGUCUGCCCUCUCAUUUCCUGGUAUUUGGAGCUCUGUCCUCCCAAGUGAUCGGUUCCAUAUGAAGAAAAAUAAAACAGAACUAUGAAUACUUUUUUUCUCCAUCAAGAGACCCAUUCCCACCAACAACUGACCAACACAACUCCUUUUCCACUAUUGGAAACACAUGUUGGGUGGAGAAAUUCACUGUGUGACAAACACUUUCAAGGUGUGGAAGUUUAAGUACUGUAUUUUUGGCACAUACUGUAUAUCGAAAUUUAUACUUCAUUUUACCGAUUAACAAUUAAAACUUGUAGAUAUUUUCCAGUCUGGAGAAUUAAAAAAAAUUUUUUUUAAAGCUUGUUAUUUUUCUGUACUCACAAUUUUUUUCACAAAUUAAAGAGAAACAACAAGUCUAAGAAUUAAGAACCACAACUCAUAUUCAGAUAUAAGUAAUACAUUCCACAAUAAAAAAAAUCUUCACUAGUAAUGUUCUUCCAAUACGGCUUGUAAAAAAAUUAUCGGCUGGCUAUCGCCCUGUUGUUAUUGUAAAGUUGGCCUAUAUGAUUUUGUUUAAUAUAUGUUUAAGUAAAAUAUAUAGGAUCUGCAUGUUUUGUAUACUAAAGGAGGCUUUUAUCGGCAAUGACAAUUACAUUAUUUUGUCAUCAGUAAAGCUUUACUGCUGGUGUGGGUAAAUAAAGAUUUCAAUACAUUUUUAUAAUCUAAACUUAUCUCCCAUCCAUAUAUGCUUUUUCUCUCAAUGCUUGUUAACAGCCAAGAAAAAGGUUGAGUUCAUGAAAGGCAGAGACGGUUGUGAUUGGGUCUGGGUAAUGGGGGAACAUAAGAAUGACAAAUCAAUUGAACAGAUUUUGGAGGAAGAAGCUCAUACAAUGGCCGGCAAGUUAGCGGAUGCUGAAGCCCAAGCUCUCAGGUUAGUAGCUUAUUUUUAAAUAAUUACAAAUCUUUAUUUAAAUUCGUUGUUAAUAUUGAAAGUCGUUAUUAUAAAAAAUUGGAUGAUCUUCAAUGAAAUUUGAAAACCUUUCAUAGUUAAAUAUCUCAACGUUAUGAAGCUAUAUUUAGUCCCAUUGAGUGGAUUUAAUCACUUUUGAUAAACUCAAAUCCUGUGGUUUCUCUAAAAAUAUUUGGUAUGGUUAAUGAUUGAAGUCUUGAUUUUAGGGUAAAUUAUUCCCAUUUGGAUCCCCAUACAUUUUGCUUUAUUCAUCAUAGUAAAUGUUUAAUUUCUGAAACGUAACCCAGAAUCUAGAAUACCUGUACUAGGAAUAGUUAUAGUUUACAGCUAGUUGGCUUUUUUUUUAAAUAAAAGGAAACACUAAUCAGUUAACUCACAAUCGUUGCUGCUGUACCUCCUGUUUAAGAUAAUGUCUUUUGUUUGUUUUAUGUGCACUGCAGAGAAAAAGAGGAAGCUGAUUUGAAGAAAAAAAUGGAGGAAGAAAGGCAACGCUUGUUGCAAGAACACUUGGAAAGAGAGCAAGAAAUGAGGUAGGACUGUAGGACUCACUUAACGGAUUUCGUUACAUUUUGUCUUUUGGAUAAAACAAACUUAAGUGUAAAUAUAUGUAAAAAAUUAUUAAAUUUUAUUAGGUUUUAGCAGAUACUUCUCGGUACAUAGAUUAUAGUCUCAUUUGUGCACUCUUAUAAAAUAAAGAAGGCUUUAAGUUUAUGUGUUCAUUACAUUCAUUUUUGCUGUUAAAAUUAAUUUUUUGUCAAACAAUAUUUUAAGAGGACUUACUAAUUUCUGUAUAUAAACUUUUAUUUAAACAAAGUGACAUUGAUGUGUAUUUAAAAUAAACACACAAUGUCUUCUUCCACCAAAAGAGGCUCAUUUGAAAAUGUAUCUGCUCAUAUUCUAGAGAAGUCAUUGGUCUUACCUUCAUUUAUUUACCUCUUUUAAUUAUCCUCUAUUACUAAUUACCAUACUCAUCUAAACCUAAUACCUUAUGUAUGAUAAUGGAUUAAUCAUUUAAUAGGCGCAAACAGGAAGAGGCAGCUCUCUACCAGUCCAUCAAAGAAGCAAAGCUUGCUGCAGAGAAAUUGGCUCUUGAGAAGAAACGGCAGGAGGAAGAAGAAAGGAAGCGAUUAGAAGAGUUAGAGGUAGGUCAAGCAUUAUAUCUCAAAAUAAGUUUCUUUGUUAAAAUAUCAGUUUAAAUCAUGUUUAUUCACAUCAUGUUUUGUUUUACGAUGUUAAUAAAAUCUUGGCAGUUUCAGUAAGGAAAAAAAUAAGUUUCUUCCUAACAUAUAUCUAAGUUAUUGUUUUUUUUUAGCUGAGAAAAAUUGUUGUAAAAUAUGAAAAGGUGUAUACAAAUUCAGCAAGGUGUUACUUAGGUGUUGCUUUCGUUAUGCUGAACCAGACAUUUUGAUAAGACAUAUUUGAAGGCUAUUUAAUACAUUUUCCUGUCUCUAGUAGCUUGUUUACACUAUUCAACAAAAUAUUAUUAGUAAUUUUGCCAGUGACUAACAGAAGAUCAAUUAAUUCAUAAGAUUUAAACCAUUAAGAUUUUUCAUAUUGGUUUGUGAGAACUUACAAUAAUUGCUAGCUACAAAAGAAACAAUUGAACAAACAAAAUUCAACUCUGUGACAACAGCAAAGAAAAUAAAGAAAAUUAAAUGGUAUGUUAAAACCAACCCAGAGUCAUGACUUAUAAAUAAUUAAGGUUCCUUGAAGAAAAUCUUAGAAACAAAUUUGCACUUUAAUGCGAUUGAGACUUUUUACACUAUAGUAAAACAAAUAAAGCAUUGCAGAGAAAUGGAGGUAUUUCCAGACUGAUAAGAUAAGGCUGGUGUAACAGAAGAUCUUAAUACCCCUGUCAGUCUCAGUAUGGCCCAUUUCAGGUGAAGUGUCUAAUGCCACUGUAACAUUGGCUUGUCUAGUUUCUAAUGGUCUUUGUUUUCUUGUCACUAGCAGUCAACCAAAUUUCAACAAGAGGUAGCAGAAGACAAGGUCUGCCAUUCAUCCGUUUUAAACUCCCCCUUCCUCUCGGUUGGUAUGCAUGAGUAGAUUUCUCUGGUUUUCAGGCCUCAUUGUGAUGACCUUUGACCCAAACUGUUUUGCAUUCAUUAAAAAUUGCCUGCAUUUACUAGUAAAGUUGGUCAAUUUUUUUGUAUUUAUCCCUUUCUAUUUUUAAUUUUUCUAUGGAGUUGUGUUUCCUGUUGGCAAACAAGGCUUGAAUAGAUAUGUAGAUUUAAUUAAUAACUUUACAAAAAUCUUUCAUGUCUUUUAUUUUUAAGAAACUUUCUGUGGCUUAUGGCAUGCUAUAGUUUGGCACUGUUGUUUUUUUAAGGAAAUUAUUUCAAACGAUUUUUAACAAAAAUCUUUUUUAUUUGGUUAUAAUAACAAACGCUUGGUUUCUUUUCUUAAAUUUGAUGGAUUGUGUGUGUGCUCAUGCUGGUUAAGUCUACAGUCAAAAUUUCUUUUUAAGACCAUCGAGCAUGGCUCCUGCAAUUAAAUAUUGGUUGCUUUGGCAUGAAUGUUAAAAAUUGUCCACCCAGCUCUUGCAAAAAGAAAACAAAAAUUAGCUCUUUAGUUGUAGUGGUGGAUAGAUAGAUCUGGUCACCAAAUUAUAUUAUUAAAAAAUCUUCUUUCAAGGGAAGGAAUGUACAUUCGUAUCAUGGUAUAUUUUUCUGCCUUUUAACCUUGGAACAUUAUUUAUUUCUCUUAUCUGUACCGGAUCACAUAGUUUUAAAAAACUUGACUUCUGUUCCAGCUCUUAAUAAAGAGUCUGGUCUCUGUUUCAACAGAUUAGUCACUUCAUAAAACACACUGAAAUAUCAAAUAGAAAAACAUUUAAGUAUUUAUAAUAUUGUUUCUUGCCAAUGUACAUAAUGUUUUUUUUUACAUAUUACUAAUUUAUACACUUACGAUGUUCUUUCAAUAAAUGAAAGAAAUUAACUAUAGAAAAACACAUUUUAUUGCACAAUUUACAUUUUUACAAAAUUUAAUGAAGUGAAAAAAAAAUUGCCAAUUUUUAUGUGUUCUUUAAAAAAUUUAGGACAAUGAAAGGAAAGCCAAGAGAAAAUCCCGUGAAUUGGCAGAAAGUAUACGAGAAAAAAGAAGUAGUGAAAUUUAUACUUCCCUUCGAAAGCAGCGAGAAACAAUGGAAAAAAUGGCUGAGGAGAACCAGAAAGAAGUUGAAACAAAUUGGCAGGAACAAGGUUAGAGAUUCAUACUAUCAGUUUUGUCACCGUUACUUAAAAAAAAAGUAAUAGUACUAAUUUUGUGAUAUGGCAGAAUGAAACAAAUAUGUCAUGUCUUAUAAAAUAAAUUUAUAAACUAGGAAAUUAGGAUAAUCUUCAGUUGUGUGUGUUGUGUUAAAGAAAAUAGUAGAACUAUUUUCUUCAUACAGUUUGAAGGCAGUGCUUCAUUUAUUAUCUGUUAUGUUUAAACGGAGUUAGCAGCAAUCAACACAUAAAUUAUUAAUCUUCUGUAUAAAUGUUUAUACAUUUUCUUUUCAACCAUAAAUGAAGCAAUUCAAUUUUUAUAAUUUUGAUGUAAAGAAAAGAAAUCCAAAGAGGCAGAUCUAGAAAGAAGAGAAAAGGCAAGACUAGCCAGAGAGGAGUACAGAGAAUCAUUGCGUCGAUCCAUGACCUUGGUACAGGCAUCACAGGCUUUCUCAAGCACCCAAACCAGUGCUGGAAACAAACCUCCACUACCACCAAAGUAUAUAAUAAAUUGAUUAGUACCUAGGACCUAGGUUUUUAGCACAUAUUUCUUGGUACAUAGAUUAUGGUCCAUUUAAAUAUACUUGCUCAUAUAAUUGCACUUUUGAUUUUUCAAAAUUUAUCACUUUCAACAAAACUCAAGUGUUUUAGACAAAUAAAUUGAAAGUUUAAAAAAAAAGUGGGUAAUGCAUUUUGAAAGCUCAAUUGCUUUUGAAACCACUGUGCCAUCAUUUCAGUAUUUCAAUUUAUAACCAAACAUUAAAAAGAAAAAAAUCUCCUGUAGCAAGUAAUAUUUAUCAACAACUUUAUCUUAUAAACUUUUCCAAAAUGAAAUCUUUUUAUUGUAAGUUUUAUUUUUGUGGGUAAUUUUUACAUUUUUUUGAAAAACCAUAGAAAACAUUUGAUUGCCACAAGUGCACCAGGCAUCACCAGCAAAAAACCAAGACCCCUAAGACCCAAAAAUCGAGAACAAGUAAUAAGCUGGUUCCAGAAAGAUGAGAAACCAAAGGGCUCAGGAUUAGAUCCAUCGACUGGAAAAGUUGCUGAGUGGUUCCAUGGUAAGAUUUACCAUAUAGUGUUUAAAAUUAGGUAAAAAUGAUGGAAUUAUCAAAAUAAUUUGAGGCUAGCAUAAGAAAAAUGUAUGCAAGGUGCUGGCACGUGCAAAUAAUAUAAUGAAGUUUAUUGAUAUUUUAUUUGUAUGUGCAGUGGUCUUCUUUCAGUUUCUUCUAUGAUUAUUGUAGUUUAAUUCUUAUGUAUUUUUAAAAUUUAUUAUUUUAACCGAGAAGGCCUUUAGUAGAAAUUUGUAACUUUGUAUUUUUUAAUAAUUAAAUCAAUAUUCAUCCUUUUUUGUAUACAAAAAUACUUCGUAAUCAUUUUAAGCUGUUUCCUAGUCUAUCUCUAUCUUACAAUGGAGUUCUUUUAUUUUUAAGGUAUUAUUAAUAGAUCAGAUGCAGAAGAAAUGUUGGAAAACAAAAAACCUGGUUCAUUUUUAAUUCGUGUCAGUGAACGUGUCUGGGGUUAUACACUAUCUUUGAGGGAAAGCAACAGAUUCAAACAUUUCCUUAUUGAUGCGUCAGACAUGGGCUAUCAAUUCUUUGGUGCCGACCAGACUGUUCAUGAGACCCUUGCAGGUCUUGUUCUUUAUCAUAAGGUAAGGUACAUAUUCCAUCUUGAUCAUGUGGCCUUCAAAUGUGCAUGUUGAAUAGUUUGAAUACAUUUUUAAUGAAAAUAUUAAAUUAAAAUCAGAUAUGCUCAUAUUUUUUUUUAGCUAUCUUAUGAUCUUAUGGAAUCUUUCAUUUGUUCACUGCACGAGUUUAAAUCAUAAUUUCUGAAGUUUUUUCAGUUUUGCCCCCCUCAUUGCGGAGUAAUGUCAUGAUGUAGGCGAGGGCUAAGAUGCUCUUAGUCUGUUUGAGACUUUAGAACAAAGUUAUAAAUAAACAAACAAUACAAAUUGAGUAAAAAUAUCAUUAAAAAAAAUUUAUCUUAAGUAAGGCCAAAACCCCAUCAAUUCUGUUAACCACCUUAGAUGAAAUAACAAAUUACACUUACUAGGCAAUGGCUUUGGUUGCAGACCACAGAGGGCUGAUUAGUGUGUUUUCAGAGCACGAUAAAGCACAAAAAUGAUAAUAUAUUUAUAUCAAAAUAAGUUGGUUAAUGGUUAAAUCUUAAUCCCCUUUGUUAAAGUGAUCUUCUAAAUAAAUGAUUUUUUUGGGGGUGUGGGGUUAUAGCUGACAUUAUAUAAUUAAAAACAUUAUAAAAAAAGAAUAGCUCUCAUUGACUAAAGUUUAGCAAAUUUUACAUUAAGAAAUUUAAGAAUUUGAAAACUCAUAAGUAGGUAUUGAAAAUUGAAUUCAACAAUCAGCUAACUUUAUGAUUGAAUAAUAAAAAACAAGAAUUUGACUAAAGAACAAAGUCAAAUGUGUUAAUUCUUAUAAAUACCAAUUUUGUAUUCAGAAUAACCCAAUCACAUUGUCUGGCCAAGAAUUACUUCUUAAUCCCUGUGGACAAACUGUAAAUCCACCAGAUUAUCAUCAAUUGUUUGAACCGCCAUCACGAGAGUCAACAACUUUAUAGCGAACAAAAUGUAAGUUAAGUGAUUUUUGUAUUUUUUUAAAAGACACAUCAUCUGUCAACUGGAGAAUAGGCUCGUGUGCUUGUUUCAUUGUUACCAAUCAAUUUUAGUCUGUGGCUAGAGUGAACUUUUGUAUUACUAAAAUGUUGCUCAGAACAUUUCUAAUCUGCUUAAUUUUGAACAAUUCUUUGACUUCAUCAACCUCAGAAUUCUCGAAAUCUGCAUGAAAGGAUGCAUUCCACUGAUGUUCAAGUCCGGCUGAACCAAGCUGAAGACCUAAUACCUCAGGCAGAGAGGGAUCAAUGAAGACAAUUUUAUUAGCUUUCUCAGAGUCUGUCUGUUGAAAAGCUUUGCUGGAAAAAAAAUUCUUUGACUUGAGUAUAACAUGAUAUUAUAAUAUGGAUAAUAUGGGUCUUUAGCAUCAAACCAUGAGAGAUUUGUUGUCCAAUGAUAAAAACAGUUUUGAUACUAAAAUACUCUUUAUUAUUUAUAAAUAUCAAGUAUAAUCAUUUCUGUAAAGUACUAUCUAUGACCU